AUGAGCCGGGUGACUGGCCGUGGGGCCUUGCCCAUGGUGCGCGGGGGUGAGCAAGCGGCAAAGAUGCUGGGUCGCUGCGUGGGACCCAGCAGGUCGGGGCGGGGAGUUCGGCGACCGUGGGGGAAGAGAUGGGCUGCAGGGAUGUCCCAAGGCCGUGGAGCAAGGCGCCGGCCGAGGUCCUCGGUGUGGGAGCCGCAUUGUGUGAUUGCAGAAAGGAUGCAGGACUGUCGGCAGCCACGGGGGAGGAGACGAGCUGCGGAGACAGCCGAAGCCGCUAGGACAGAUGAGGCUUCCGGGACAUCUGGGGUUGCAGGCUCGAUUGAGGCUGUAAGGGACCCUGGGGCUGUGUGGGUGAACGGAGCUGUAGGGGAGCCCGAGGUGAUGGGGCCUGCCGGGGCCGUGUGGGUGACUGGGACUGGAGAGGAGGAAACAGACCAUGGGAUUCCCCGGGGCUGCGAUAGAAAAGGUCGUCCGGGAUCUCUGGGACAUGAGAGCAUUCUGGAACUGUGGUUGAAGGUGCAGGCUAUGAGGGCAGCUUCAGGAUGUGGGGAAGGAAGCAGGGUGGAACUGCAUCCUGUGCUGGCAGAGUGGCCAGUCGAAAGGGGCCUGUCUGGCUGUGCUUCCUGGGUAGAGACCAGCCGUGGUGGUCUUACAGGACCCUGGGUGAAAGGACAGGUAUUUCCCCUGAACUCAGGAAUAUCUACAGCUAUGACAUUCGGGGCAGCUUAUGAGAGAGCCUCAAGUUUCUGUGGGCAGGGACAGGCUAGGCGGAUGCCUUCUCGUGUAGGUGUGCCUAGGGCUGUGGAGACACACCUGUUGGGGAGGGGGCAAGCUGUGGGGGUUCCUGGGGUUGUGGAGGAGAUAGGUUAUGGGGUUGCCCCAGGCCCUUGGGGAAAAGGAGAGCCCAUGAGGGUGUCUGGGACCCUUGGGUGGCCCGAGGCUGUGGGAGUGCCCAGAGCUGUGGAGGGAGAGAGGGGCUGCGGGGGUGCUCCAGGUCUGUGGGGGAGAGGGCAGUCAGUACAGGUUCCUGGAGCUCUGGCACAAGAGGCCGUCUGUGGGGAUACUCCUGGCUUAUGGGGAAGUGGACAGGCUGCAGGGAUGCAUGAUGCUGUGGUGGUACCUAGAGCAGCGGAGGAGGAAACUGCCUCUGUAGGUGCCCCAGGUAUGUGGCUGAGAAGACAGGCUGCAGAAGAGAUAGGCUCCGGGGGCUUGUGGGGCUCGGAGCAGCCUGUAGGGGUGCCUUGUGCUACUGAAGAGGAAGCUAGACGUAGGGGUAAUACAGGAUUCAGGGAAAGGGGACAGGCUGUGUGGGCAGAGACAGGCUCUGGAGGUGACUCGUCAUCAUGGGGAGCCACACACACUGCAGAGUUGUGUGGUCCUAGUGAGCAAGAGGCAGGUUCUGGGGGUGCUCCAGGCCUGUGGGGUACAGAACAGGCUGUGGAUGUACAUAGAGCUUUGGAGAAGGAGAGAGGCUGUGCUUGUGUCACGGGGCUGUGGGGAACAGGGCAGUCCAUGGAGUUGUCCCAGGCUGUGGUGGUACCGGGAGCCAUGGAAGGAGAGACAGGCUGUGGUUGUGUUCCGGGCUGGUGGGAAAGGCAGCAGGCUCAGGGGGAGGCUGUGGGGGUGCCUCUGGCUGAGGCAGUGCCAGGGCUCCUUGGGGAGGAGACACGCAGUGGGAAUGCCCCGAGCCUGUGGGAAAGGAGGCAGCCUAUGGAGGAGCAAGAGGCUCUGGUGCCUACACCUUUAGGGGUAGCUGGGCCUGUGGACCAAGAGGCUGGCUAUGGGGAUGCUUCAUGUCUGUGUGGGAGGAGGCAGGCUGUGGGGAUAUCUGAGACAGUGGGGAUACCCAAGGCAGCAGGUGUGCCCAAGCACAGGCGUGCCCCAGCAGGGGUACCUGUAGCUGCGGGUGUGCCCAGGAUUGGAAAGGUGCCUGCUGCUGUGUCGAUAUCUAGCCCAGUGUGUCAGGAAAGCAGUUCUAGAGAUGUCUUGAACCCAUGGGAACAGGCUCUGAAGGAGCUGUGGUCUGUGGGAGAGGAUAGUGGUUCUGAGGCUUUCCCAGGAUCAUGGGGAAGGAGACAGGCUGUUGGAGCUUCCAUGGCUCCUGAAGUACCUGGGCUUAUGGGGGAGACUGGCUCUGGGCGUGUCCCGAGAUCUUGGGGAAGGAGACAGAGGGCCAGGGUUCCUGGGGCCACUGAGGUUCCCACAGCUCCUAGCGUCCCUGGUCUUCUGGAGGUAGAAAUUGGCUCUGGGGGUUUCUCAGCCUUGUCAGGAACGAGAAAAACUGCAGGAGUACCUGUGACUGCAGGGGUAUCCACAGCUGGUGAGAUGCCCAUGGCUCCCAGGGUGCCUAGGCUUGUGUGGGAGGAAACUGUCUCUGGAAGGUUUUUAGGCUUGUUGGGAGAGAGAGAGACAGCGGGGGGACCUGCAGAUGCCAAGGGUCUCACAGGAGUGGGGUUUCCCACCUCUGUCAGGAUGCCUGGGCCAAUGGAGGAAAAGAUGGGCUCUGGAGGCAUCUCGGACUUGUUGAGAGGCAGACAGACUGCAGGGGUAUCCAUGGCUGUGGGGCUGCCUGGACCUGUAGGGGGAGAGACACUCUCUGGGGGUCUCUUGGGCUUGUCGGGAAGAAGACAGAAUGCCGGGAUGUGUGAUGCUGCUAGAGUUUCCAUGGCUGUGGGAGUACCCACAGCUUCUGGGGUCCCUGGGCUUAUGCUGGGGGAUUCUAGCUCUGGGGACGACUCAGGCAUAUGGGGAAGGAGACAGGCUACAGAGCUGCCCACUGCAUCUUCUGAACCUGUGGAGGGGGAGACGGGCUCUGAAGGUAUCUCAGGCCUUCGGAGGAUGAACAGUGGAGCAGCCCCUGAGGCUGUGAGAGUGCCUCUGCCUCUGGGGGUGCUUGCAGCUGUAGGAGUUCCUGUGGUGGGACGCCUGCCUGCCACAGUGUGGGUGACUGGGUCCACAGGAGAAGCAGCAGAUGUGGGUGUCUCAGGUCUGACAGUGGUAAGGAGACAGUCCACUGAGGGAGCGGGGGCUUCACGGGAGGAGACAGGAGGUAGAAGUGACCUGGGACUGGCAGGAAGGAGCCAGGCUAUGGGAGUGUCUUAUACCUGUGGGUGCACAGCCAGACAGUGGAGCUGUCCAAGGUCUGUAGGGGAAGAAAUGGCCUAUGAAAAUGUUCCAGGAGUGUCAGGGACAAGAACAGCGGUGGGGGUGCCUCCAGAUUCAAGGAAGGAAACAGGACUUGGCCAUUUCAGAGAUCACCCACAGAGUGGGAGGAGACAGGCUGGAGGAGGGUCUGCAGUCAGAGUGAGGGGGAACAAUUUCAGAGAGAAUUAUGUGGGGGACAGAUUGAGGGAGAUGUUCCAGUAG